UCAUGUGUUUACAUGGCGAAGGGAGGGCCUCGAGACAGUAGACGCGGAACUUUAGCGCAGAAAGUAGACACGAUACUUUAUUCAAGGAUUAUCGGAGGCAAAUCUUCAUCAUUCUCUUGAGAUAUAACCUGUACAUGACGCUAUUUGGUAUCGUCUGAAGUCUGAGAUAUGUACCGCUUUCGGGCACUGACAGCUGCCACCAUUGGUAUGGUGCAGUUGUCAAGACGACAUCAUAGCAGUGCGUUCCGUUCAUAUCAGCGGCGUAGAGUAAUGUUGGCCGCCCUGGCGGGCGUGACGGGCAUCACGGCCAGUGCUGGACUUCUGUGGACGAGAGCACAUGCGGAGGCGGGGUCUUCAGUCAAGCAUGAUGAGCAGAUGCGGGAGGAGGAGCGGCUAAAUGAUGCGGCAGCAGAGGAGGCGGAGUCAGACAGCGCAAUUGAGACGAGUAGCGGGGAGGGGGAUGAGGAGGCGGGAUCAGAAGGGAAGAAGAAGAAACAGCGAGUCGGCUUUCGUGACCGCAAGGUGAUGGAGUAUGAGAACAGGAUCAGAGCUUAUUCUACUCCGGACAAGAUAUUUCGCUACUUCGCCACACUGAAGAUCAUCCACGAGCAUGGAGAGGCAGAGGUUUACAUGACGCCACAGGACUUUGUGCGCUCCAUCACACCCAAUGAGAAACAGCCGGAGAAUCUUGGUCUGGAUCAGUUUACAGUGAAGCGCUAUGAUGGAAAGAAGAUCUCUCAGGACAGAGAGAAGUUUGCUGAUGAGGACAGUAUUUUCUACACACUGGGAGAAUGUGGACUCAUCUCCUUCUCAGAUUAUAUCUUCCUCACAACCGUUCUGUCCACUCCUCAGAGGAACUUUGAAAUCGCCUUCAAGAUGUUUGACUUGAAUGGAGACGGAGAGGUCGACCUCGAGGAGUUUGAACAGGUUCAAAGCAUCAUUCGUUCUCAGACCAGUAUGGGAAUGAGGCACAGAGAUCGCUCGACCACAGGAAACACCCUGAAGACCGGAGGCUGCAGUUCAGCUCUCACCACAUACUUUUUUGGUGCUGAUCUAAAGGGCAAACUCACCAUCAGCAGUUUCCUGGAGUUUCAGAGGAAAUUACAGCAUGACGUGCUAAAACUUGAGUUUGAAAGGAACGACCCGGUGGACGGCAGAAUCUCAGAGAAACAGUUUGGAGGAAUGCUGCUGGCCUACAGCGGAGUUCAGUCCCGUAAACUCAAACUGAUGCAGAAGAACCUCAAGCGAAUGUUCAAGGACGCUCAGGGCAUUACGUUUGAAGAAGUGGAGAACUUCUUUACCUUCCUGAAGAACGUGAAUGAUGUUGACACUGCCUUGAGUUUCUAUCACAUGGCAGGAGCAUCUAUAGAUAAAGCCACCAUGAAGCAGGUAGCACGCACCGUGGCCAAAGUAGAGCUGUCGGACCAUGUGUGUGACGUGGUGUUUGCGCUCUUCGACUGUGACGGUAAUGGGGAGCUGAGUAACAAGGAAUUCAUUGCCAUCAUGAAACAGAGGCUAAUGCGAGGCUUGGAGAAGCCCAAGGACAUGGGUUUUACCCGGCUGGUGCGCGCCAUGUUGAAGUGCGCCCAGGACACCGCCUGGGACUUUGCCAUGCCGAAACAGCAGUAACACUCAGCGAGCCGUGCUCUGCUAUUCCGCUCCGUAUGGAGUUUCAUUAAUCAUUAAGGAAUGAACUCAUUAAGAUGCUACAACUAAUGCAUCUGGGACUUGUGUGCCAUGUCUAAGAUACCCACCGCAAACUAUAAAGCAAGCCUGGUUAACUGGUAUUUAUUUAUUAUUGUUAACCAGCUCUGGAGUUUAAAAUGCAUACACUAAACUGUGGCAUGUGCCAUCGUAUUGGCAAGAGGUCACAAAAUCAAAAUCAAAUGCAUGCACGGUAGCCAGUGCUGAAUUGACAGCGUUAUGAGUUCUCAUCCUCGAGGGUGUUGGUGAAUGUUAAGUCUCAUAUAUUACUCAGCUUGUAUUUAAGAAACACUCAAGUUCCCUUGUAAAAAAAAAGUUUAUUUUACAAUAGUUUAUUAACAACUUCUAACAAGCAGUUUUCAUUGUACUUUAAAAUGCAUUAAUAAUCUGAUUCUGACUAAUGAGUGACUUUAUAAGUGAUGCUGAAAGUAUAAUAUUAAUAAAAGAUUUUUAUGCUACUGAA